UGUUUUUCCAGCUACAAGACCACGUAGAAUGAAUGUCUUCUUUUUCUUUAGAUACUUCGCCCUACAUGAUGUUGUAAAAUAUUGACAUUUAAUAUAUCGAUGAAGAUCCUCGUUCAGUUUUCAAGCAUUUCCUCCCUGUAAAAAGACACCAUUAUUUUUACGAACUUCUACCUCGAACUAAGCACCUAUAUAAAGAACAAGAAAAUGGGCGUUGUUGAGGAUCAUGAGCAGCUGCAAGAGCGGCUGAAGCUGCUCGUCCAAAGUGGCGUUGAGAACGACAGGCGAAAAUGUGGUGAGGAAUUUGUCAAGGUUGUGGCCACAAUAGUUCACGACCAUGCGGAUACGGAAGCACAGGUACUACUAGAUUACUUUCGAUAUCGCUACUAUGUAUUUAUUACUUUAAAAGAUAUCGCGAAUUUCUUUAGAUAUCAUGCUCCUGCACCAUAGAUGAAAUAAACUUGAAAUAUUUACGUAUACAUAUAAAUAGGAAUUUUUAUCCUCGAUUCUUGCAGAUGAUCCGUCGUCGCGAGAUACUACUUCUAGAUUAUACUGAUACAGCACACGUCGAGAAGGAGGUUGUACUACGUGCAGAGCUUGUGGAAUUUUCGAUUCCUUUAGAUAUCGCGAAUUUCUUUAGAUAUCAUGCUGCACCAUAGAUGAAAUAAACUUGAAAUAUUUAAAUACAUAUAAAUAGGAAUUUUUAUCCUCGAUUCUUGCAGAUGAUCCGUCGUCGCGAGCACCCUCGGGUCGAGCAGAUCGCGGGGGAGCACGUGAGCACGGAGACUCUCGCGCCCGUUUUGCGGCGACUGCUGCACCUCUCAUCAGACGAGGUAGACACACAAAGUUUCAUCUCUAGUUUUGGCGAAGGCUGUGUUGAGCUUGGGCUCUUUCUCAGUCGCAGAGAGCAGGCGUCCAGGGGACAGCAAGAUCCAGCUAUGGCGUCAAACAUAAAUGCUAGUGCUGCUGGUAGUUUAGUAGAGCAGAUUCACGCGGUAGACUACUCCCGGUACGGUCUAGAGCCCUGCACAAUGCAAGAGGUGGAAGCACUCAAUGCCUUGGGGUCGAUUGCAAGCCAUCGAUUGAGGGCGAAGUCGCCGAAGGGGUCGAGGGAAAGCGAGCCAGAUAGCGCGAAAGGCGAUCAAAAACCACGCUGGGCCAGAGAAUACAAUGUGGUAUCUAUUACUUAGAGUCUUUAGUUGAGAAGUAGAGUAAAAGCGGCCUUGAAGUGAUGCUGUUGAGUAGAAGAAGAUAGUUUGCAAAUUAUCUCUAUCAAUGUUGAGAAGUAGAGUAAAACCAACCAACCAACCAAAACAACAGUACAUUUUGACGGUGACGAUGUUUUUUGAGCUGUUGAUUGAGCUUGUGCGGGUGCGUGGUAAUUUUCACGAGUUCCAUACGGAAUUGAUGCUAGUGAUGAAACGCAUCGAUCUGGUCACAAAGCGAGUGAACGUUGUUGCGUUGCGCGAAGAUGAACGUGGCUUGGUCGAGCAGAAAUUCGUGGCGCACUUUGAAGCACUUGAAGCGAAAAAACGCGAAGACGCGGAGAAGAAACGAAAGCAGGAAGAGGCCGCGGCAGAGAAAAAGAGGCUAGCCUUAGAGGCGGAACAGAAAAAGAAGGCUGCAGCUGCGGAAAAAGAGCAGAAAGAGAAAGAGGCAACAGGAAGUCGCAGUACAUCCAAGGAAGCCAAGGAAGGCAAGACCACAGGUGAAACAUCUGCUGGGUCUGGCGAAGCCACUGCCGGAAAAGACAAGGAUAAGAAAGAAGAAGCUGUCGCGUCGAUGAAGAAAGAUGCCUCAUCAAAGGAUAAAGAUGAAAGCGGUGCUGCAGGACAACUACAGCAAAAUAGUACCAAUGAGUCGACCACGAACACGUCAACUACUAAUACAACUUCGAAGGCCGCGGCUGCCAAAAACAAGCUUCUGGACAGCGCAUUGCCAGAAGAGGCUCAGAAGGAGGAAGAGGUGACACCGGAACAAGCCUUGGCGGAGCAAGUGAAAGAUAAGGCUUGAUACAAUUCAUUUCUAUGUCUGUGAGGCAUUUCUCACCAUGUCCUCCUUAGGAUUCUGAAGAAAUGUACGUAAGAGAUGAAUGGUUUUGAGCUCUAAGAAAGUAGUGCGCGAAUUGUAUCCGAUCCCAGGGGAGUCCUUUGGGCGGUUCCACCUUCACGCAAACGCGCCGUUCGGCUGGUCGCAGUUCAACAACAAUCCUCCCGUCGACGCGCGGAGUCUCAACGCCUCCUUCUCGAAGGACUUAGCCGGAGUAUUCAACCCGCACUACCGUUAAGACUUCCCCUAAUCCAUCCCGUCUAUAGGGAUCCCUCAAAGACAGUAUGCGCCCCAAUACAAGGGAGAUACUGACGCCCAAUACAAUUGAGGGAUUUCCACAGGGAUGAAUAGGGGAGAGCUCUAAUACCGGGCAAGUCUUUCGGCCGCAAACUUUAUCAAGGUCUACGUGGAACGACUCCAGCAAAGUCGUAGUUUGCUCUCAAAGGCGCACGCAAGCAAAAAAAGCACUUCUAGUACUAAAACGGGAAUGAUAGCGUCAGCCACAUGUUCAGGGAGUAGAUCUAUCUCAGUCGCUGAUCAUAAUCAGAGUUCAUCUUACGAUCGGUGUGCCGAGACCGUGACGCAGGAGUAUAUAGCGGAUGCGCUGAACGUGCUAGAGUCAGUGUUGGAGCUAGAAAACAAGAUGAUCAGGAAUAUACAACGAGUGACGCGUGCACCUGAAAUCUCUUCCGCAGUUAAGGGUUUCCAUAUUUUUGUCAUUCUUGAAUCUUGACCACUACCAUUCUUGCCCUGUAGUUUCCGAAUGGGAAACAAGAGGUCAAGGAGGAUCCGAAGAAUGCAAAAACGGUACUAGAGUCUCUAACUCAGAGCUCUGGCCAAGUUUGCGGGAUAAGAGACUCGCGGAGCAAUUUGAAGAGGCCUUGCAGAAGGCGCAGAAGCCUCCAGCUAAGCCAAAGGUGGUGAUGGAUGCUGCGAAGGCAGCUUCUGCCAUUGCCUCUGCCGUUUCGGGCCUGAAAGAGGCGGAGCACAGUACUGCUACUAAAACAACAGGAGGUUCUGGUGACAAGAAAAAGGACGAUGCUGUAGGAGAUGCAGCAGCCUCAAGUUCUACUACAACUGGUGCUAAAGUUACUACAACUAAAGACGCUAGUAAUACAACUACAACCACUGGAGAGACAGGAACAAAUAAAGCAAAAACCGCGAGGUCGUGGGACAAGACGAAGGUUUCGGCAGAGGAGUUCUUGAACCGUCUGAGUGCCGAAAAGCGUGCUAGCGUUCUGCAGAAGUUUCCGGACAUGCGCGCCUUGCAAAGCCACUUGCAGAAGCUGCAGUCCGCAGAAGUGUCAAAGCGCAAAGCGGUCUCUGCGGCGCUUGCGGCAGCGAAGCGGAAGAAGGAAGCCGCAGAAGAAGAUGGCAAGACGGCAGAUGGUAAGACAGCAGACGGUAAGGAACAAGCUUCUUCUAAAGAGGGGAAGACAGGAGAAGCCGCGGACAGCAAGGUGUCCAGCGAUGCCGAAGUAACUAGUACUACAGGUGCUGUUGCGAAACGUGGAGCAGCUGCAGCCUCAGGAGGAGGCAAAGCAGACGGAGAGGCAGAGGAAGAAGAUCCGGCAGAGGUUUAUCGCGCCAAGCGGCGGCGCGUCGAGCGAUCAGCCGCUCUGGUGAAGGAGCUGCAGCCUCGCAGCUUGCGCGAGUUGAUGCAGCUCGUGAGCAGCAAGCGGGUGUCCGACACGCGUAGCAGCUACACAGAAUCCCUGACGUCUAACUCCGACGUGCACCAUCUGCUGUGGAACGUGGUCUUGCCCAAACUGAAUGCAGACCAGAUGUUGGCGGAAUUAGAAAAUGCGGCCGCUGCGUGCUCCGCCGGCAAUACGAGGGACGCCUUGUUUCCGCCGAAAUCGUGGACGGAAUUCGCAAAGAACUUGUCAGAAUUACUGAAAAAGCACCUAAAACCUCUAGAGGGCAGCUGUACCAGCAGUGUGUACCGCGACGGAGCAAAGCCGCACGUUCCGCUCCACGUGCGUCUCCCGACCAAUGGUUUUGCCUGCGACGCAGAGCGGUUUCAAGUGCAAAUUCACUCUCCCGAAUUCCACCUGUGGUUCUGUGUCCAAGUGAUCAUCUUUUUCCAUGCGCUCGAAAACGACAGCCGCCGUUGUGCGCAGGCGAGCGAGCCGCAGCGCAGCUGCCACCGGCUGGCGCUGCCGACGACAAAGAAGCCCAAGCAAACGGAGCUUUCUCAGCAGGUUGCGGCAAUGAGGAAGAUGGCUUUCCAGAUCCUGAGCAGCGUGGACCCUAACUUCGCGAAAGCGCUCCACCAUGACCUUAUCACCGAACAGUUCUGGACAAACUGGAAAAGACAAGCAAACUAUGUACAACUUUACAUAGAUGUUUUUUUGCCAUGUGACAUCAUGAACAUCAUGAUUAUUAUGAGUAGAACAAAACAAACAAACAAACAAUUUUGCAUUUGACUGUUUUGAUACUAGAUUAGUUUUGACUCUUUUGAUACUAGAUCAAUGAAAUAAAUAUCUUUGCGUUCUUUCUUGCAUCAGAUACUUGUUUGCAUCAGUUACUUGUGAAUAUAAUCAAUCUCCGAAAGAUGAUUUUUGUGUUGCUGUGUGACGUAGACUUCAUGAGAUUUCAUGAUCAUUAUGAAGGAAUUUUGCACCGCUUUGUUCAUCCGAGGAUAAACAACUCGAUUACAACAGGACCCGACGCUGCCCGGCGUGAGGGAUCGUAAAUUGUUUCCGCGAGGCGUUUCGAAUGCACCCGGCGGCAAUUUGUAUAGUAGUGGCAGCGGUAGCUACCUCGGCUUCCAGGAGAGGUUCGGUACCGCACUCCGCAAGCGUCCUGCGUCCCAUCGUGCGCUGUUGGAUGCGCUUCGCAGUCGGCCUGCAGCGCCAACUUCUUUAGAGGGAAGCGCAGUAAAGGCCGCGACGGAUGGUGGAGGUGCUAGUAGUGGUGGAGCAGGUGGUAUUAACAAGAAUAUCUUAGUCGAUGGAAUCCCAACACCUUCGAAAGUAGUAGUUCCAGCACCAGUCGACGACUUUAUUGAACGUCUGAUCGCGGACGAGACGGGCGAGAGUGGUGUAGAAGCGGAGUUUUUCGUGAAGAAUGACAAAGUUUUCAUGUGGCAGCUGCGUAGACUUUUUACGGAGAGUCACCUACAGGAAUUUCUAGGUGCUUCUUCCUGGCAGCGCAAGUCCGAAGACAAGGAAGAGGAUGCAGCAACGACAGCGGGGGCUGGUGCUGUAGCAGGAGCAACGACUGCCGCACUAGAAGGUCAGGAUGGUACUAGGGACAACUCAAUUUCCAAAGACCAAGCAGUAGCGAAGACAACCACAACUACUACUACUAUUAAGGCUCAAAGCAAUUCACUCGUACAAGCCAUUUCGCCUUAUUUCCUUCGUAGGAUUGGGAGAAAUGUGCGCAAGAAAUGAAAUGCUUGGAGCUCUAAUGAUUCUUCUUCAGAUCAGAAGGGACAGCCACUGGCUGGUGCUAGUGAUAAACGCUUUCUGGAACUAGUUUUCAGAAGCAGAAACUUCGAUCCCUCACAAGCUAGGGAAGCACGUCCGGAGCAGGAUGAAGAAGACGAAGAAAUGGAGAGACGAAUGCACGAGAUGUUCGGCAACGACCCCGUUGACCCGACGACCAUAAACAAGUCACCUCCAGACGAUGAUGAGGAUGCUGCGUAGUUUCUUAGUACCAUUGACCACCUGGGACUGCAUGACGCACCUGGUGUCCCAUGAUAAAGUCUUGUAAACAAUCCAAGAUCUUCUGCGACUUCUACGUCCUGAGAAAAGUCCCCUCCUCCACUACGACUACAUCAGAAGAACCUAGGAAUGCAUCAAAUUUUCUGUUCCUGCUCUCGGAGUGGUUCUCGGUUCGCAUGCGAGUACCAAUAGUAAGCACGCAGUCGCACACAGAGCAAGUAGCGGAUGUUACACUUCUCAGAUCGUUGCAUCACAAUUUCUUUGAUGUGUGAGUCAGGGUGCUGUCAAGAUCCCUGGUGGUAUUAUCUGACUAGAUUCAUUGAGCAGACCGUUCUCAAAAAACAAGUGCGAGCAAGCACUGCUGGCGUAUGUGAUUGGUAUCGGUAGAACAUGAGAGGUAUCUAACUAGGUGAAAAAUGAAGGUCCACGAACCUGAGGACCGUUCGGGAAGUAUCUGCACUAGGGAAAGUCUUGUUUUUGAAACUGCGCG